AUGGGCAGCUCCCUGGGCUCACCCCAGAGAUCGCUGUCUGCUCCCAAGCACCCAAAGUCAAAGCCUUGGCCUGAGUGGGUUCAGCAAAGCUCCAUUCCCAAGGUUCCCCCUCACCUACACAUGCCUCAGAGAGUGGUGGGAACCUGGAGGCGCUCGGCCAUCAGACCUCCCACAGACGCCACCCUGGGCCUGGAUCUCUCCAGUGCCUGGGACACCUAUAUGAAACGAUGGCUUUGGAGUGUACGGAACCCUGGGUGGACCUGCAGCCCGGUGACAGUCAAGAUUGCCCCUCCUGAGGGCAGAGGCAGUUCCCUAACCUCUCUAAGACAGGGAGCACGCAUUGUGGAGCAUCCCGAGGAGCUUCCAGAUCCCUGUGCUAAGGAAACAGUGCUGAGGGCUCUCAGCCAGUGCAAAAAGGGGACUAGACGAUUUGAUGGGCCUCUGUGGUUCGAAGUCCCAGAGGUGAAAAACAGAAGACAGAACUCAGAAUCCACGCCUUCUUCUGCCUUUAAACCCUGGAUAAAUAAUGGAGUGGCUGCUUCUUUUGUUCCCAAGCCUGGGCCUCUGAACCGAAGUAUCGACUACAUGAGCUUCAGUGUCUUUAAAAAGGAAGCAGACCUCCAGCCCAGUAUCCCCACAGCCAUGCAUGCUGUGUCAGAGACUCACAUGGAAAGCUCCAAGAAGACCCAGGCCUCCUGUGACCCCUGUCUUUCCGGUGGGCAGAAGACUGAAGCCUGCGGAGUCUCCCUGAUGGGUGGGGAAUCCAAUUCUUAUCUGAGUUCUGUCAUCCCCUUUGGAGACUCCAGUGAACUUUCAUCCCCUGGGCCUACAUUCUAG